AAUUAUUACUCAGAAAUGGACAUAAGAAAAUUAAAGGAGUGGCCCCCAACCCGGGCCCUCCUGAAGAGGCGGCGCUCGAACAGCACUUUGUUUUCUACAGUGGACCCUGAUGAAAUACCAGCCAAAAGACCAAGAUUAGAUUAUUUCAUUCACCAAGUCAAAACCAGUCUCUACAAUGCUGCCAGCUUAUUUGGAUUCCCAUUCCAGCUGACCACAAAACCCAUGGUAACUUCUGCUUGUAAUGGAACACGGAAUGUGGCCCCUUCAGGAGAGGUAUUUUCGAACUGUUCAUCUUGUGAACUGACAGGUUCUGGAUCCUGGAACAACAUGCUGAAACUGGGUAAUAAAUCUCCUAAUGGAAUAAGUGACUAUCCAAAGAUCAGAGUGACUGUAACCCGAGAUCAGCCCCGCAGAGUCCUGCCUUCCUUUGGUUUUACUUUGAACUCAGAGGGGUAUAACAGAAGACCAGGUGGCCGUCGUCAUAGCAAAGGCCCUUCAGAGAGUUCCUUAACCUGGAAGCCUCAGGAAUAGGUUGUAACAGAGAUGAUUUCUGAAGAGGGUGGCAAGGGUCUGAGGUGUCCCCACUGUACUGUGGAAGAGGGUGUUCAAAAAGAGGAAAGAGAGAAAUACCGAAGGUUAUUGGAGCGACUUAAAGAAGGUGGUCAUGGAAACUCUGUUCCUCCGGUAGCUCCUACUUACCACAGCUCUCAAAGAAGUCAGAUGGACGCAUUAAAGACCAAAGGCUGGGGGGACGAGCAAAGUCACGGAGUCAGAACAACUCAGUUUGUUCCAAAACAAUACAGAGUUGUUGAAACAAGGGGACCUUUAUGCUCAGUAAGAACUGAGAAGAGGUGUUGUUCAAAGGGGAAAAUUUCUGAUACAGAAAGGACAGUUGGAAUCAGACUUGAAAAUGAAGGUAGGAGGGGACACCAGCUGGAACCUAACCUAUCCAAAGAGGUGUCAGCCCGACUCCGCCUGGGCAGUGGGAGCAAUGGCUUACUCAGGAGGAAAAUGUCAAUACUUGAGACAAAAGAAAAACAUUGCUCAGGCAAAGAGAGGGAUAAAAGGAUGGAUGAUCUUCUUGAACUUACAGAGGACAUGGAAAGGGAAAUCAGUAAUGCCCUAGGUCACGGCCCACAGGAUGAGGUCCUAAGUAGCACUUUCAAGCUGCGAAUCACUCGAGGUGACAUCCAGACCUUGAAGAACUAUCACUGGCUCAAUGGUGAAGUCAUUAAUUUUUACAUGAAUCUUCUGGUGGAAAGAAACAAAAAGCAAGGGUAUCCAGCACUUCAUGCAUUCAGUACUUUUUUCUAUCCCAAAUUAAAGUCUGGUGGUUACCAGGCAGUGAAAAGAUGGACCAAAGGGGUCAAUCUCUUUGAACAGGAACUUAUUCUGGUGCCUAUUCAUCGGAAGGUACAUUGGAGCCUGGUGGUGAUAGACCUAAGAAAAAGGUGUCUUAAAUAUCUGGAUUCUAUGGGACAAAAGGGCCACAGGAUCUGUGAGAUUCUCCUUCAGUAUUUACAGGAUGAAAGUAAGACCAAAAGAAAUAUUGAUCUGAAUCUUUUAGAGUGGACCCACUACAGCAUGAAGCCACAUGAGAUUCCUCAACAGUUGAAUGGGAGUGAUUGUGGAAUGUUUACUUGUAAAUAUGCAGAUUAUAUCUCUAGGGACAAACCUAUCACAUUUACUCAGCACCAGAUGCCUCUCUUCCGGAAGAAGAUGGUGUGGGAAAUCCUUCAUUAGCAGUUGCUGUGAGAAUGCCCCGCCCAGUCCCUCGAGCUGCUGGUGGUUCUGUCACGGAGGACUGAUGUUUCCAUAUACCUCAUGCAUCGUGGGUUCAGAAGUCCCUGCAUCACCUCUGUUGUCUCACAGGUACUGAGCUGUUGGGCGUGUGCGCCGGCGUCUCCCGCACCCUGGUCCUGACGUGCUGUGUGGAGGUUCUGCCUGCAACCCCAUGUGUGAGCCUGUGCCUGCUCAGAGCCUGGACUGUUCAACCCACACAAGAACAAACGCUAAUUAAUAACUUUUUUUUAUGAUUUUUUUCCCCUGUGAAUGUGGGAAAUGCAGGAUUUAUUCUAUGAUUUGUC